AUGUCCGACAGUGACACAGUUCCAUUGCAGGACACUCAAAAUGCCAUUCCAUCUGAAGGCGUGAAUAUAGCAAGGCACGCCACUGGAACCAAGGUCGCUUCAGAAGAUAAAGCCAGUAAAACGCAGAAAGCUGAGGACCGUUACUUGCAGCGUUUUCAGGUUCGGGAUAAUGCCGCAGGCGUCUGGAGACCAUAUGAUCCAUCGUUCAUCAAGCCUGUUCCUCGGCGUGAGGAUUUGGCCAACUACUUCUAUCUCGACAUCCGAUAUCAAAAUGAACGAUCACACCCUGACCUUGUUGUGACCAACUUCAGCAGAGUAUUGAUCGAUUUCCUUCGCCACACCUUCGGGGGCGUUUUUUUCAAGACAGACCCAGAGUAUUUUCUUCUGGAUUUUUUUGCGAGAAUACAUGACCUUCGGGCUGGUCUUGCGGCCGUCCGUGAUGCUCUUGCUUCAAAUUUGGCUGGUGAAGAUCUCAAGCUGAAAGCGAAGGAUAUGGGCUGCACAGAUGCAUUGGGCUUGCAUAAAACCGAAGAAGACGCCCGGCGGUACUUCGAGGACGUGGCGGAACAUCUUGGCGUCCUAUUAGGUAUGAUAGAGAAGGAAUUCGAACCAACAGCUCAAGAACUCGAGCUUCAACUCUCUUAUGGACAUAUUGCUUUCGACUUGCUCAAAUACUACUUUGAGCGGGGUGUCAAGUACUAUAUUCUGCAGAAGGAUGACUUGGCCGGAUUUACGCUCAGUAGCACAUGGUAUAACCAAGACUCAACUUUUCUUGCCCUGGAGGGCGAGACAACGAGGUGGGACGGACACAAAUACAUCAAUGAGAAAAUGACUUUCUCAAUUCCAAAAUACGAUGGAACAGUAGAACUGUCAAAGCUGUCUUGCAAAAUCAUGACAGACGACGUACGCGCCAAGCUAAUUGCCCGAGGGAAUCUGUAUAGUUCAUUUUCUGGUGGUUUCCAUUACAAGUCUUAUAAAGGGAGUCGAAUCGUCAUCGAUGAGCGUGCAUUCAAUGAGAGCCAGGGCCAUAUACGUGACCCAGACGAGAAGAUCUCUGACGUUCCCGAGGGGAAACAUGAUCAACUUCCAGCUUUUGUGAAUGGUUUCGAGCUCAAGAGCAAAGAAUGGAAAUCAUUCCACGUUGAAAACAUUGAUGACGUCAGGUUUGACGAGAAAGCCUGGGACCACUUGGUUGUAGACGAUGACGUUAAAAGCCUGAUCAGGGGACUUGUCGAUGUUACUAGGAAUGUCAACACAUCGCAGCAUCUUAUAUCGGACGUCAUCACAGGAAAAGGUGGAGGUUUGAGGCCUUUGUACAUCGUCAGCUCUCCGGAAUUGUCAACAGAGCCUUCAAAGCUGGAAUCUAACCUGUCGGAGAUAUUGAAGUUGGCUACCGCAUGGGACGCCGUAGUUCUUAUCGACGAAGCUGACGUGUUCUUGGAACAGAGGAGUCUCCAUGACCUGGAACGCAACGCACUGGUUUCUGUUGCUUUAAAGGUCUUUGAGUACCACCGCGGUGUGCUCUUCUUGACAACAAAUCGCAUUAAAACGUUUGAUGAUGCCUUUCUUUCGAGGUUCUCCAUCGCGAUCAAAUAUCCUGAGUUAGAUGCCUCGGCCCGGCUUACGAUCUGGCAAAAGUUCUUCGAGCUUGCUGGGUGUCCUUUGUGGGGCUCAGAGUCUGAAGAGUUCGUCGACAUCGAUGGCAAAGAGCCACGCUGCUAUGUUUCCCUCUCAGAUUUGGAGGUAUUGGCGCAAAAACCAUUCAAUGGACGCACCAUCAAGAACCUUGUCCGGACCGCCCAGGCGUUAGCACUCUCUGCAAAGGAACCGCUUUCCCUCGACCAUAUCAAGGUGGUUGUCCGCGCGCAAGAGAAAUUUUUGACGGAGUUUGCGCAAAUCCGCUCUUAG